AUGGGUUUUGUAGAUGAAAUUAAAGCUUGGAAUUUCAGUAUAUAUGCGCAAUGGUUUGGGAUUAUCUCUAUUAUUCUUGACUUUGUUUUGGGGUUUGUGAAUUUAUUUCAUAUUGGCUCUAUUGUCGUUUUCAGUGUAUUGAGCUUGGUAAUGGGCUUUAUACUUAUGUUUGUUGAAAUUCCAUUUUUAACAAGAAUAUGUCCCACUAGCCAAAAAUUUGAUUCUUUUAUUCAAUAUUUUAAUCAAAAUUGGCCACGUGCUGGGGUGUACAUUAUUUUUUCUACUAUCUUGUUUCUUUCGGGAAUUAUUAAAUUGACAUCCUUAAUUGUUGCUGGAUUUUUUAUGACUAUUGCUUGUUUAUGUUAUGUAAUCGCUGCUCUUAAGGGUCAGACAUUCACAAAUAGUUCUCUUCUUGGAGGUCCAGGCAUUACUCAAAUGGUAGUGUAG